GACGCCCGCAGCCACGCAGCACUGGCCAGUUCUAACGCUCGAUCGCAUUCGCACGUACGCUAUAGCUAGCUAGCCUUUUUGGCCGCGCGCGCGCACACGGGUUUUUGUCGGGAACACAGGCAGGCAGGUACCCCGGCGGUCGGCAAGCUCGAUGGCGCAGGGGCGGAUGAGCUGCGUGUUCCUGGCGUGCCUGGUGGCGGUGGCGUCGGUGUCGGCGUCCACCGCGUCCGCGUUCGUGUUCAAGGCCGGCGGCACGGGCGAGUGGCGCGUGCCCGCCGCGGCCGGUAGCGGCAACGGCAGCUCGUACAACGCGUGGGCGCAGCGCAACCGCUUCCGCGUGGGCGACGCCAUCGCUUUCACGUACCAGCCCGGCAACGACUCGGUGCUCCUGGUCGACAAGAGGUCCUACGACGCCUGCGACACGGGCUCGCCGACCGACACCUUCGCCGACGGCAGCACCGUGUUCACCUUCACCCGCUCCGGCCCCUUCUACUUCAUCAGCGGCAACAAGGACAACUGCGACCGCGGCGAGAAGCUGAUCGUCGUCGUCAUGGCCGAGCGCGCGGCCGUCGGCAACGCCACCGAGCCGGGCGCGGGGCUGGCGCCGUCCCCCAGCGGCCCGUUCUCGUCCUUCUCUCCGCCGCCACCCUUCGGCAUCGACAUCUCGCCGACGGCGCCGUAUCCGCCGCCAAACGCCGCCGCGCCGCCCAAGGUGGCAGCAGGAGUUGCCGGCGCCGCCACGUUUGCCAUCGGAGCCUUGUUCUACGCGCUUGUUUGAGAUACGUCUGUUUUGUUUAUUCGAAAUGUUCUGGUGUGCAUGCGCGCAAAGUGGAGGGAGAUGAUCACGCGGCUGUGCUUUACUAGCUUGCUCAAAUUAUAUACAUGUAUAUCCGACUGAGGCGAAUGAAUGUGUUUUUAACGUAUAAUAAUGUAUCAAAUAUGGUUGAUGUAAUAUUGUAUGCAUUGUUUCGUUAAUUCAGUGCGGAACUGCGGAUGAAAAAUGUGAUUUUAGUCC